AUGUCCUCUUCAUCAAUGACAUCGGAAUCAAAUUCGCAACAUGAUGGCGGGUUGACAUUUAGACUUGCUGCACUUGUAGAUUCGUUUAUAGCAGGACAAUCCGGCGGAGCACCAUCCUCAUCACUAUCAAGCCAAUAUCCAAUGUCUCCUUCAUCAACAUCCAUAUCGUCGGCUGGGAUGGCGCCUUCUCCAAGACCAACAUCAACUUCAUCAACAUCAUCAACAACCUCUGCUUCUUCUUCCUCAGUGACUACUACUCAAGCCGUAACAGUCCUUCGAGACGCUAUAUUGAGACAGCAUCAAAGUCUCCCGUCUCCACCGCCAUCCCAGCAAUCAUCCUCUUCUUCAUUUAUGUCGUCGUCAAAUCUGUCUGCUGUGUCGUCAUCGCUAUCUCAAGUACAACAACAAGAUCUACGGAUGGUACGGACGUCAUCAUCGCCAAUGUCUGCUACCAUUAGAACUCAGUAUGGACUAGCGGCUGCUUCUCCUACGUUGGUUCAUCCCCCUCCAUCUGCACUGUCGGCUUCUGCUCCUGAUCGCAAUACUCAAGCUCAACAGCAGCAGUUACAUCCUCAGUUUGGAGCCAAGCCAGUAUGUAUCAUUUCGUGCAAAACAUGCUCAUCAGUCGUAUGUCAUCGUGGAAUGAGAGCACUGUUGCUCGGAAACAAGCGAGUCGAACUCUUCUCGACGGAUUCGCAGCCAUCUGGCGUUGGUUUGGUCUGCUGGGCUGAUUAUACCACAGAAAACUGCCAGUGUCGUAUUAGAGAUGGGGCUUGUAUGAGUUGUGGAUCUGUGGUCGGAUAUCAUGUUACUUCCCCAUGUGAAACCUGUUUGGAAGCAUGCCAUAAUGGGUUUCACUCAAGUGGCGUUACCUACAGUGAACGAUUGUCAGAGUCAGGAAACCUCAUUCGUUGGGCAGUGUUGUCUCCUCCUCACGAUGAUGAAACAAUCGACUCCCAAAGACGAGAGCUCCCAGUCAGAUAA